UCACAGCGUUGGUCGCCAUCCAUCCCCUCUCCUCCUGUACCAUAACAGAUGGUGGGAACAACAUUGCAUCCACCGGGUACCACAACAAUAGACCGCAGCAUCCAGUCCAGACAACGCUGGCCUUGCACCAUCAUGCUCCUAGUGCAGCACUGCGUGAGGCUGUGAGUGCCGUCGUGAUUCAUUUCACGCGGUACCACCACCACCACGGCCACGGAGGAACCUUCUUGCGACUGUUUGGGCUCUCCAUCGAGCGGGGAAGAUGGCCGCUAUGAAAAUAUUAACAGGCACGGGGCUCUUCUUGGCUUUCUGUGCGCUCGGGCUGCUCGCUAUGGCGAUUUGCACCGAUUAUUGGUACGAGACCGACGCGAGGAGACACCGAGAGAGGUGUAAAAACUAUGCCAACAAGCGAAACGACCCAGGGUACAUCUACAUUUCAAACCACAACCUCCCCCUCCAGAUGCCUCCAAAGAGCCUGGAGAGGAAAGGUAUCGGCCCAGAUGCUGGAGCUCUCAUCAGGGGGAAGCGGCACUUUCUGGCCGCUGCGUCUGCCAUGGAGUCUCAUUGCAGUCGGCAGUUUAACUCCACCAUCUCCGGGCUUUGGAGGAAGUGUCACCGGGAGGGAUUCGACCUGGAGACCGAGGACCUUAUUUACAAAGGAACAAUUCAAAGAUGUACCCCAGUCAAGUAUCACUACUCUUCGUCCAUCUUACCACGAAAUGUACCCAUCAACAUCACAAAGACCAUACGGCAGGAUGAGUGGCAUGCACUCCAUCUAAGAAGAAUGACGGCCGGCUUUGUGGGCAUGGCCGUGUCCAUCAUUCUCUUUGGCUGGGUCAUUGGAGUGCUGGGAUGCUGCCAACAGCAUGACCUCAUGCAAUAUGUAGCUGGGCUACUCUUUCUCAUGGGAGGAACAUGCUGCAUCAUCUCCUUGUGCACAUGUGUGGCAGGAAUCAACUUUGAGUUAUCCCGCUACCCCCGCUACAUGUACGGCCUGCCUGAGGACAUUAGCCAUGGCUAUGGCUGGUCCAUGUUUUGUGCCUGGGGGGGUCUCGGUCUCACAUUGCUGGCUGGCUUCCUCUGCACCUUGGCCCCUUCCCUGAGCACACCCACUCGCACAACACCCCAUAAGCCGAGGCAGGAGAAUGGAACCGUGUGACAGAGGCGUCGUGAAGCGACUGACCCACCGAACGCACAAACCGCACCCUUCCAACCUUGAUGUUUAACUCUGAAACAGUUUUUGUCUGAUCACCAUCUCACACCACCCUCGACAUCGCCAUCUCCUUUCAGUGUUCAGUGUGCCUGAGUUGUGACAGAAGGAGAAAAGUAACGACAAACUUCACACACCUAAUCUUAAAAAUCCCAGAGGGACCUCCAGGAACACCAAGACUAACACCUACAGUAACGUAUGACUGGAGCAUGGCUCUCAUAGCACAAAUAAGAUGUUUUUUUGGUUCAGAUGUUUGACAUGCUGACUUUAUGGCGAUCUAAAGGUGACUGUUUUCUCUAAGGAGAAUUUGUCUUAAAAUGGUGCUCUCUUAAAUACAUAAAGCCACACACACUCCCACGCAGCACGCAUGCACCCGCACACACACACACACACACACACACACACACACACACACACACACACACACACACACACACACACACACACACACACACACACCAGCACAUGCUUUUCCACACAUGCUCAAUUACUCUGGAUGAAUCAUGGGAGAAAUCCUACAAAAGGAAAAAAAAACACAAACAUCAGGCCAGAGCAUCUUGUCAGCAUUCCUCUUUCAGUCGAGUGAUGUGCGCUGUGUUAUUGUUCGUAAUGAAAAAAAAAAGAUCUGCCGUUGACUGCCCAUUGCUUAUCUUUAGUGUAGCACACUAACUGAUAUCAAACAUGAGCCCCGGAGGUAACGUCUGCAUCCUCUGCAGAGCACAAAAUGGAUCUAGCAGCGUGGUCAGUUCGAUAAAAUACACUAAACUAAAUCUGCAUUGAAUAGAAAAUCGUUUGAUGCUUCUUUAAAAUUCUAUAUGUACAAAUGCAUCUCUAUGUAGAUCCAGAUCAUUGUUUGUGUAAAGUAGAUUUUGAAUAAGAAUGUUUGUUUUCUGUUUGUUUCGAGGUGACGGCUGACAGGAGAGGAUAAAGAGUUACAGGGUGGUGCUAGGAACAUUAAUCCAUUAUUGGAUUCAGCAGCGUAAGGGUAUUUUGUGGUACCAAACUGACAGGCGCAACCCGGUUGUUUGCUGAUAGAGCAAAGAAUGAAACCAAACUGUGGAGGAAGUAUUUGAUUACUCCAUUGUUUACUCUCAAUAUUGGUCAGCCUAUUUGUGUAGCAAGCAAGUUGAGCAAUUUUCGAGAAAACAAAAUGCAACUUCAGUAAAUCCGCUAAAAACAGAAACACAAGCUGCGUUCCAAAUCCUGCACUUAUAUUAACAUCACAUAUUGAUAGAGGGCCAUGUGUCAUCAUGUCUUGACUCAAAUUUGGCUCGGUAAUGACAGAAACAAGGAAACAAACAGAAUAUAUGGACAUCUUUGUUCCCUAAAUGCAAUGUGCACUCGAAAUGGAGGAGCUGUUUUAGAAAAAAAACAUACGGACGUAUUGAAUCCAUGAAAUAUAUUUGAUUUUAAACUUUAAGAUUGACGAAUGCAUUCCAAAUUCCCAGUUUGUGGAACACAUCUUGUAUAAUUUCUUGAGCAGUAAAAUUUGUACUUACUUACAAAAUGGUACACUGUAUAUUAUAUAGUGUGCAUACCUUUGUGAUUCAAAGAUUGGAUAAAACAUACCUCCAAAAUUGGUGAUUAAAAAAAAUCACAAAUAGUCAUUUAGAAAAGACUGCAGUGAUGUACAUUAAAAGCUGUAUUGCAAAUACACACUGUAUACUAAUUGUGUAUUUUAAUUGGGUUGGGCUCAUACAUAGAAAAUGCCUUAAUUGUUGUGUUAAUGGACAACAUUUAAAAAACAACAAAAUAGCAAUCGGAAAACAGAGUUAUACAUUUGUGGGGAAAGAAAAAGUGAUUUAAAAUUGGAAGUGCCAUUUCAAAUGAACAGUUGGACAGAUGUGUGGUGCAUACCCUGAAUUGUGUGUCAUGAGUACAAAUCAGUAAAAUACAGCAGUUUUUGUGUACUAACUUACAUAACUGAAGACUUUAUAUAUGUAUUAUGGAUUGGGCCACAUGAAAGGUUUUUAAAACAGUGUUAAGGUUGUAAAGGUUAGCAUAAGAACUCACAGCAGCCAGUUUUCUGUUACGCAAAUAUGAUUUUUCCUCCCCGACAGUCAUUAGAAUUCAUUUAUAUUGAAGUUUUCAAGUUCACUACAAGUUCAUGAAACAAGAAUAUUACAGCCAUGUGUGAUGACGUUUUUAUAAAUUGCUGGAGAUGAGUCAUGAGAUAUUCUAUCAGCUAUUAACUUUCUUAGAAAAAAAAAAGGUGUUAUGUGUGUUGACAACACUGUGUGUGAUGUUCAGUCCUUUCACCAUCACCAUUAACCUCCUCACGAGGCUACCACUUUACAGAAGUCGAGGAAAUUAACUGAGGCAUGAUUGAACUGUAUCUUCAGUGUCUUGUUGAAUCUUUGCACUUUGCUGGGUCUCAUAAAAGUCUGUGAACCUGAAGUCUGAGCAGGUGGAGUUUACAUUAUAUGUUUGCAAGGUCACAUACAGGAGCAAAAGAUGAUCAGAGCAUGUAAUAAGCACCCCGGUGUGUCUUUUACAAAGAGUUUGGGUUUAUACCAAGUUGUGUGUUUAGGGUCAGUUGGUCUAGGCUCUUAUUGUGAAAAUAUUUAUGCCAGAAACAAGGACAUACCAUAAAUAUAAAAAUAUUUAUAUCUAUGGUCAAUACACUAACAACCGAGUCAGUGUAUUUUCUGACGUCCUGCGACUCACAGAAUGCAAUGCUAUUUGGUGUUUUGGUUUUAUAAAGUUUUAAGUUCACACCCAAGCUGAUACGCAGUAAUACAAGUAUUACUGUAAGCAGUAAACUGUAAUGUAUAAGUACAUGGUGCAAGUAUAAUGUGUUGUUAGGACUGAAGCACAAUUGCACACAACUCUUACUCAAAGUUUUUUGUGUAUUAUAGAUGGGAAAUCUGACUUUUCCAGUACUGAUGUGCCACCCCUGCACAUGUGCAGGACUUUAAAAAAAAGUAUUACAAGCAAAAACUUCAAAGCACAUAUUUACGCCCCCAUAUCUCAAAUGAUAAAUUCCAAGUACACCAACAACAUAACAAUUUCUGUCUUUCAAAACAAAGAUUUUGCCAUUGAUUGGAUUGAGUUUCAUUAGAGGAACAGUAGCACACAGUAGCAAGAUUAACACAAUAUUAGGAAUUAUGUGCUUUAGAAAACAAAUGAGGUCAACACAGUGUAACAAUGUAUUUGAAAUGGUUGUAAAAUCCCUCUCGUGAGGCAACUUCCUGUGUUUCAUGAGGAACUUAGAAAUGUACUUAAUGAGAGAUGCCCUGUGAAAACGCCACCGUUUAGAGUGGCACUUGUUUUAGUAGCACAGCUAUUAUUUUCUACAAGUCAUUUAUACUGAUUCAAUCCACUGCAGAUGUUAUGUGGGGACUAAAAAGACAUUAGUCUUGCAUGAUCUCAUUACAGUUAAUUUCUUUCAAUAUAUUAAAACUUGUGUCCAUUUUUGAUUAAUUUAUUUUACUGAAAUAAAACAUGUAAUUACUAAA